AUGUUGACAAAUAUAUUAUAUACUAUAUUACCAAUUAACACCUAUAUCAAGAUUGGAGGAGAUCGAUUUUCACAUGGCAGAUAAUUUUAUAGAAUUGUUAGAGUCGGACAGCUCCGCCCACAUAGCUGUCAAUCAUUGUUAAUAGCCACGUCUCAGAGAGUCUGUUAACAUCCAGUGCGGAACCGGGUUACAACAUACAACUCCAAACUCUUAAAACAAAGCAUCACUGAUCCUAGGUACAAAGUAUUUGCAGGAUGAUGCGCCUCAGAGUGACAAAGCCUACUAUGUUGAGUCUUCUUCUGAUUCAGGCUGUUGCUGUGGUUCUUCUCUUCGGGUGGUACAACAGCCCACCCUCAGAAAACACAAGGGGACGCAAGGUGCACGUGCUCCUUUUGUCAUCCUGGAGAUCCGGCUCCUCCUUCCUGGGCCAGGCGUUCAGUCAGCAUCCAGAUGUCUUUUAUUUAAUGGAGCCAGGCUGGCACGUGUGGACGGCAUUACAAGAAGGCGGUGCGCGUAGCUUGCGAAUGGCGGUUCGUGACACCAUACGCAGUGUCUUCCAGUGCGACCUGUCUGUAAUGGAUUCUUAUGUCCCUCAACAGAGAAAUGUCUCGCACCUCUUUAUGUGGAGCCACAGCCGUGCACUCUGCUCUCCGCCUGCAUGUCCUCUUACACCUCGCAGCGAAUUUAGUAACGAACCAGAAUGCAAGAAGCAAUGUGACAUGCAGGGUUUGACGCUUGCAGAGGCGGCGUGUCGGACUUACAGCCAUGUGGUGUUGAAGGAGGUGCGCUUCUUUGAGCUGGAUUCUCUUUAUCCGCUUCUGCGGGACCCCGAACUAGAUCUGCGGAUCAUCCAUCUGGUUCGUGACCCUCGUGCAGUCUUCCGUUCCAGGGAGCAGUCAGCCAAAGCCCUAGCAAGAGAUACUGCUAUAGUGCUGGAACAGGCCAAGAUCUCAGAGGACGACAAGCAGUAUCAAGUCUUGCAGGAGGUUUGCCGCAGUCACGUGGGUAUUUACGAGACGGCCAUGCUCAAACCGCCUGAUUUUUUGCAGGGACGCUACAAAAUGGUGCGUUAUGAGGAUCUUGUACACAACACGCUAGAGGAGAUCGACUCCAUGUACCAGUUUGUCGGACUUGAGAUGAAUGAAAAAUUGCAGGAAUGGAUCUACCGCCUCACUCAUGGUAAAGGCAAGGGAACAAAGAAGGAUGCCUUUAAAAUCACUUCAAGAAACGCGGAGGAUGUCUCCUUGGCUUGGCGAAGCACCUUACCAAAUGAAAAAGUUAAGCGCAUCCAAGAUGUGUGUAAAGGAGCCAUGUCCAUGCUCGGAUAUAAGACCGUGGACAGUGAGAGAGAGCAACACUUGCUGGAUUUAGACCUGAUGAUACCACGGGAACGCUACCAAUUCACUUGGCUGCCCUCUAAAGGCACUACCGUUAAACCAUAGAGUUGCACAGGUGAUCAAAUGACUUGAGCCGCUGUUUUGUUUCCCUUACACUGUAGUAUAAUAACCUAGCAGCAAGGAAUGAUCAAACAUUUAUGCACAAUCCAACCAUAUUUCUGUCCUUGGAGAUUGGAAACAUUUGUUAUUCUGUUAAACAGGACACUAGACCUGUACCUACUUGAUGCUGUUUUGAAGAAAUGGUGGUCCAAUGUUUAUUUAUGUUAUGUGUUUGUCAGAGACAUUAGUAUUUUAAAAGAAUUUGGGUAAAUGUGGGGUAAAGGUAACAAUAGCCAUUUCUGAUUCCCUUUUUUGUGUCAUGAUAAAUACAUUUGAACUGCAUUUACCAUUAUGCUGCAAACGUCAUACAGCUGUAUCAACAAAUGACCACAGAUUGUGUUCGCAUAAAAAAAGAAUGUCUGCGUUUACACCAUAGUCAAACAAUUAAGAUCACUCGACUUACAUUUUUUUUUUGAGAGCUUUUGAUGUUCAAAAUUUGAUAAUUCAUAUUUUUGUAAACAUUGGGGAAAAGUAAUUUUAUUUAGGUUGAAUCUCCUCGUUUUAUAUUACACAUGUAGUGUUUUAUAUUAAGUGUCUUCAAACUGUCAUACAGUAAGGUCUAAGUAUCUUGAUUAAGACCAUUUGUGAUGUUUAACUUUAAUGAACUGAGGUGUUUGGACAGGUCUGGCAUUGAUUUUUGAAUGUGGAUAUUUUAUUUUCACUGAUUCAGUAUCAUCUAAACUCCUGCAAGAUCUCUAAAGGAUGCUGUCGAGGGCUCAUUCAAUGUCAAGCUUAAAGCAAAACACUGUCUGAUACACUGCAAAUUAAUCUUUAGCUCCUUUCUGACCGAAUAAGUUCAGAAACAAAGCUCUGGAAUGAGUAAAGAGGGCUGUCAUUCGUAAUCUAAGUUUUCCUCAGACCAUUUGCCCGAUCGCAUUGGCACAGGCAAAAUGAACUUAGAAUUUAGUGACGUAAGCUGGUUGACCACAACGUUAUUUAAGCGCGACCAUCGAUCGAUGACGAAUAACCAAACAACAGAAGUUUGUCCAAUUUGCGUUCGCUCACGUCAAAGAUUGUUUCUAUCCUGCUGGUUAAGACCAAUUCUGAAAUUCUGCAAAUUGUGCCACUGCCGAAAAACCUACCCAAAUGAAGAACCCAUUAAAACGUCAGGCAUGUGUUUAGAGAGUGGUGAAGUGUUGAUCUCUUGAAUGUAUUGGUCUCGGUCUGGCAUACACCAAGUCUACCUACUAACUAGGAGUAAAAGUAGGAGAGUGAAAACUGGUAUUAAGGCCUAUUAUUGGUCAAAAAUGCCAUCAUACAUGUGGAGAUGUACUGUAUUGGUUCAUGGUGUUAUUUAAGAUCAGUUUCAACUUUAAUCAUUUAAAAAAUAGUGUGCAUGUUUGAAGCAUCAGUAGUUAUGCCUGACUUCAGUGCUUGUGCUCAAUAGUAAAUAUAUAUUCAAAUCUUUAAAAUGUUCAGGAUGGAAAUUUGAUGUCUAAGCUAAUUUGCCUGAAUAUACUUGUUUAAAUUAUAUUUGGUAAAACAGAGUAAAUGUUUUCCUAAAAUAGGUACUAUACACUGUCUUAAAAAAAAACACACCACAAGGCCACCACAAGGCACCCCGAUGAGAGCACCCCAGCUGGUUUAGGACCGAGCGGCAGCACGUCGGGGAACCGGACUAUAAUUUGUUUCCCCUCUCUCUUUCCGGUCGCUCCGAGGGCUCCCGUCUCCGUUGUGUCGUCUCGUCGCUGCAUACCCCCCGAGGGAGGGGGAGGGAGCAUGCACAGUCUCGGGGAUACUCCCCGGCCUGUGAGGGGUGAUGGGGGAAUGUAGUGGAGUAGGGGGGCGAGACCGUGGUUCGAGACCGGUGAGUAAUUGUUAAUGAGCGCCAGCUGUGCGCACACCGGUCUCGAAUCACGUAGGAGAUCGGAAGCAUAUAAGAGAACACGCGACCGGACCGUCGAGGACAGAGGCAGGGCCCUAACAUGUUCUACUUCCGUGGUUUUCUUGUGGUUUGUUUUGUUCGCCUGCGAACAAGGCUGUUAUUAUUUAUAUUAAAACUUUAUUUUAAUGUUU